CGAUGACGUAGGAUAAACUAAUAUCAGUCGCUGAUUUUAGUGGCAGCGGAGAGCUGUGAUGGAUAAACGCACUGGCCCAACGCACUUUUUAUUGAGCUUUUUCCUAUUAUCGUGUUUAUUUGGGCUAUCGCUCGCAACGGAACUUAGCUUUGUGACUUGCGGCUCGGUUGUGAAGCUGUUAAAUGUGAAGCACAAUGUCAGACUGCACUCUCACGACGUGCGCUACGGCUCUGGUAGCGGGCAGCAGUCAGUGACAGGGGUGACCACAGUGGAGGACAGCAACAGUUACUGGAGUGUACGGGGCACCAGCGGAACCCUAUGUCACCGGGGGACUCCUGUUAAGUGUGGUCAGACCAUCCGCCUCACCCACCUCAACACCGGACGCAACCUGCACAGCCACUACUUCACUUCUCCGCUGUCCUCCAACCAGGAGGUGAGUGCGUUUGGUGAGGAGGGAGAGGGGGACCACCUGGAUGAGUGGAUGGUGCAGUGCGGAGGGUUGGUAUGGGAGCGUGAGGAGGCCGUCCGCUUCCAGCAUGCCUCCACUGAUACGUUGCUAUCUGUUACGGGGGAGCAGUACGGCCGGCCCAUCCACGGGCAGAGGGAGGUGCACGCUAUGACGGGCUCCAGCCAGCACAGCCUGUGGAGGGCCAUGGAGGGGGUGUUUAUGAAGCCCAGUGAAAGCCCACUAGGGAACAUGGACUACAGCCAUCCUCUACACACAGAGUUCUAAUUCUCAAUCAACCUGUUACCUGACCCAGCUAUCGCUUAGCUAACGAACUAGUCAGUGUUUCUUAAUCCUGUUCCUGGGGACCCAAAAGCUGUAUGUUUUUGCCUUAGCACUACACACCUGAUUUUUAAAAUCAUCAAAGCUUGAUGAUGACUUGAUCAUUUGAGUCAGCUGUGUAGUUGGGGCUCAAAACGCAACACUCGCAUUUGCAACCCUUUGACUUGGUACUGUGACACCAAUUUUAAUUGAUCGUUAGGGUGCCAGUGAUUUUAUAUAUUUUUUGGUCUGGUCACGUUAGUUUUUGGUUCACAAUUAGCUUUUUUUUAUUAUUAUCAAGAAUUAUUCAAACAGCGAUGUGUAUGCAACAAUGGGUAUGCAGACCAGGUAUUCAAAAAGUUUAGUCCGAAGUCUUGAUUGAAUCUUUGCGAUGCGCAAUUCAGUCAUGAUGCGCAGUUUGAAUGAACAUUUCUAAAGGCUUUCACAAAAAACCUUCCCAAUUAAAUUACUGCAAAUGAAGCCUACCUGGCAGAAUGAUAUCAUGAUGAUUUGAUUCAAUCAUGGGGCAUUUGUUUUGCAAAUGGACUGCCAUCACAUGUAGCCUACACUGUACAGUACAAAAACACUGCUAGCCAAACACAAGGGUCUCUUGCUAGGUGUGCAGUUUAAUUAGGGCAACUACACCCAGACCUCAAAAGGGGUUUAAGCAUUGUUGUGGACUUGUAACAUCCCAACAUAUAAAAUAAAAUAAAAAAGGUGUGAUUUUUGAGUGUGAACCUGAAGAAAAAAAUAAAAUAAUAAUAAUAAAAAAAAAUAGGAGAACUCGAAAACCUGGAAAAUAAAAUCGGGAAAACAGAAUUUACCAAAAGAUAAAACAGAUUUUUAUAGGCCUUACAACUGUAGUGUGACUGUUUAACAUAGCGAACAAUAACACCCUUUUUGAGAUUGCGCAAAGGUAGAUUUUCUUUCUCUCUAAACAAUCAAUGUAAUUUGAUAUUGUCAAGUUAAAAUGUACUUAUUUGUGUAUGGAGGGUAGGUCAUUAUAGGCUACUUGCUCAGCCCGCAAAUUAAAGAACAUUCCAAUGAUGUGCGCAUCAUCCGCUCUCUCGGGCCAGUAUUCUUUUCCAUUCAGGUUAGUAGCUUUCAGUUGGCACUGGCCUGGUGUGCCACUGGCAAAUUUACCUGAAUGUCAAGCCCUGCAAUGGCAUGCUAAUUUAAAAGAUGACCAGUCAUUAUUAGCCUGGUUCUGUAUGGAAUGCAGGUACAUUAUGGAACACAGGUCAGGUCGCUACCAAUUCUUUUUUUGAAAAAUUGGUUUGACCAAAUCAUGUGCUGGUGCCAUCAAUUGAAAAAGUUAGUCUAGAGUGCUGGUAGUGCUAGGGCAAAACAAAAAUGUUCACCCCUUAGGGUCCAUAGGACCAGGAUUAAGAAACACUGCUCUAUAGCAUUUACUUCCUUUUCUCUCUCUCUCUCUCGCCCACUCUCUCUCCCACCCAGAGUUCUGAUCUACACUACUUUGGCCUCUCCAGACUCGCUUGAGGUUUUCACUACCUGCCUUCUUUGCCCCCUUUCUAUUUUCCCGCUCUGGGGUGAAGUUGCCCCUAGGUAUGGAUCUAUGAUCAGCUUGCCCUCCUUAAAUUUUGACCUUCACCAUUAGUUGAGGAAAUGCUAAACUAACCCAGGACCAGUGUCUACUUCACCCAGGAUCUAUUUUACCCACCUCUAUACUUGUCUGCCUACCUGUUUCUCCUCCCUCUGUUUUGAGGACACAGUCCGGCAUAAGUGCCACAGUGGAUGUUAUCUGAUCUAGGGGUCGCCAGGACAACAUCAAAACUGUUCCUGACCAAUCAAAACAAAUCUGUCACAUGACUUCUCCUGCUCUUUGAUCUGUCGAUCACAGAUCAACAGCUGGGAACAGACUAUUCUGAUACACUAAACCAGGGGUGUCAAACUCAAUCUAUGGAAGGCCUAGUGUCAGCGGGUUCUUGGUUUUUCCUUUCAAUUAAGACCUUGAUAACCAGGUGAGGGGAGUUCUUUACUAAUUAGGGAGCUUAAUUCAUCAAUCAAGUACAAGGGAGGAGAAAAAACCCAGACAAUCAGCCCUCCGUGGAAUGAGUUUGACACGUGCACUAAACCAACCAAAAGGCUGCAACAGGAUGUAGUGAAGGCUCUCUUCCCACACCUCCCAACAUGUCACUUCAACAUAGACAGCAAAAUGAAUGUCAGACCCCAGAAAUACUGCCCAAAGCCACCAGAACAAAAACGAGUCCUUUUAUUGUUCAGAUUAUAGACAUACUCCAUAUUUUAGAGCACACUAUAAGGAGUAUGACACCAAGAUGUCUGUACAGUUCACGAUCAUAGGGUCUUACUGGAGGGAUCUUUUUUUUAAAAGGGAAUAAAAUGGCCCUUCCAUCAUUAUUUUCUCAAAAUGAUUUGUGAUACAUGUCAAAAUGAUUUUAAACAUGUAUUUCCUUCCUGAAUUUAUGUGAGAAUUGCCAGAACAAUCUGAGAUGCAAAAAAAUAUUUCCCGCUCCCACACGUGGAACCACCCUACUGUCUCAAAGACUGUGUGCUUCCCAUGAUGUGUUAAAAAGUAGAAAGGAAUAGAGUAUAAAUUACUUUAUUGCUCCUCUGACAAAUUUAAUGUCAUAUAAAAUUUGCAGGUUUGUGUUGAUUACAAGUCCAAACUAUUUGUGUAUAAAUGGAACAGUUCUAACUAAAGCCCAUGUUUAUUUGAAGAACAAGCCUUGUUUUUAGUCUGAUUGUAGAUGGAAAAACAGGCUUGUUACGGUGCCUUUAUAACAUGAUAUAGUUUCUCGUACUAUUCAUAUAAGAGUAUCAUUAAAGAGGAAGGAGCACUUUUCUGUUUUAAAUAAAACAUUUAAUAGCAGACGGUUACAACCGUUACAACACCCCUUCUCUUCUUUACGACAAACAAGCAAUUUUUUUGUUGUUGGCACUUUCGAUUCCAGUUUAAUUCAGUACAGUAUUACAUCUCUCUUCCAUUGACUAAGUUGAAACAUAAAGUGUAUCAGCUUUCUGUGUGCACUAUAGUAUUAUCUCAGUCAGCCAUUGAGGACAAUUGCAUUCUGUCAGUUCAGUAUGUGAACUGGAAUUCUGAAUUAAAGUGAAAACAAAAGGCACUUUUUCCUAUUCUACAAUGGAAUUUCUCAAUUCAACUUCUAGAACUUAAAGAAUUGUAUUGGAAUUGACCCCAGCCCUGCUGUCCGUGUCCAAGGAGUUGUCUGACAUAGAGAACUUUGUAGGAACCGUCAGCUGUCUGAGUGUUCAUCCCAACAGCCAAUUGUUUUCAGGAGAUUUGUACAUGAUGAAACACAAUAGAUACCUCAAUUAAAUUGAUGUUUUGUGCAAA